AUGCCUCCAAAUUCCACUACCUUCGAACCUCGCAUGUCCAGAAAGCCACCUUUCACAAUUCCAGUUGUAGAUGCACCCUCCAUUCCAGGAGAGACAGCACCACGGCGGAAUGCACGAGCUUUUGAAAACCUCGUUUGCAAACCAGACGAGAGUAUCAGCACCCUCUACGACAUCGUCGAGCAGAGCGUAUUGCGACAUGGCGACCAGAAAGCACUGGGCUCACGUAGGAUCGUCCAAAUGCACCAUGAAAUCAAGAAGGUAAGAAAGCUUGUGGAUGGGGACAUUCGAGAAACGGAGAAGAAGUGGUCGUAUUUUGAGCUGGGCGGGUACGAGUACAUGAGCUUCACGGAAUACCAUAAGCAAGUCCUGGAACUCGGUUCCGGCCUUCGUAAACUGGGUCUCGCAUCACCAGAUCGAGUGCACAUGUUUGCUUCGACCAGUGCGCACUGGCUCGCAACGGCUCAUGGAGCAAUCUCUCAGUCGAUGCCUAUCGUGACGGCCUACGACACCCUAGGAGAAAAUGGACUUCGACAUUCUCUGAAAGCAACAAAGGCUAGAGCAAUAUUCCUGGAGCCACACUUGAUCACCAUACUCAUCAAAGUCCUGAGUGAUGCAAAAGAUAUCCAGUUCAUUGUGUACAAUACCGACAGCGAGCAUUCGAUCCGACAAGAAGACCUGCAGGUACUGAAAGCAUCUUUUGAGAAAAUUACCAUCCUGAGUUUUGAAGAGCUUCGCCACCUCGGAGCUCAGAGCCACACCGACCCUGUGCUUCCUGCAGCUGAUGACCUGGCCUACAUUAUGUACACUUCAGGGUCGACGGGUGUGCCAAAAGGUGUAGAACUCACCCACAAAAACAUUGUCGCAGCAGUUGCGGGAAUAAACACCACUUUGGGCGAUUACCUACAUCCUGGAGACGGACUUCUGGCAUACCUUCCGCUUGCACAUAUUUUCGAAGUUCUGUUGGAGCAUGUCGCCCUGUAUCGUGGUAUAACUCUCGGCUAUGGUUCACCAAGGACUCUGUCGGAGGCCAAUUGUAGGAAUUGCUUAGGUGAUAUUCGAGAGUUCAAGCCAACCCUCCUGGUUGGAGUGCCUGCGGUCUGGGAGACUGUGAAGAAAGGUAUCAUCGCGAACGUUGAUCAUGGAGGUACGGUCAUGAAAAGUGCGUUCUGGAGUGCAUUCUAUGCUAAGCGGGCGCUUACCUCAAGUGGAAUUCCUGGAGGGAAGCUUCUUGAUGCAUUGGUGUUCAACAAGGUUAAAGAUGCGACAGGCGGGAGACUUAGAGUCUGUUUGACUUCUGCUGCGCCAAUUUCGAAAGAGACCCAAGAGUUCAUAUCGAUAGCUAUUGCGCCUCUGAUAAGUGCAUAUGGGAUGACUGAAACUGCUGGUAUGGGUGCUAUCUGUGACCCUCGAACCUGGACUGUCGAUGCAUGCGGCGAGGUCGAAUCGUCCGUAGAAGUGAAGCUCGUCGACUAUCCAGACGCAGGAUAUUUGGCCACAAACUUGCCCAAUCCUCAAGGAGAGGUCUGGAUUCGAGGGCAUAGCGUAACGGCAGGAUACUACCAGAAUCCAGAUGAGACAGCGGCUGCUUUCUCUGAUGGUUGGUUCAUGACCGGCGACAUCGGCGAAUGGAAUCAAAAUGGGCAUUUACGGAUAAUCGACAGGAAGAAGAAUCUUGUCAAGACGCUCAACGGGGAGUACAUUGCUCUGGAAAAGCUCGAAUCGUUGUACCGAUCUGCACCCAUCGUGGCGAACCUGUGCGUCUAUGCCUCGACAUCUGAAACCCAUCCUAUCAUCUUGAUCCAGCCAGUAGAGCCUGCUUUGAUCAAGCUUGCAGCAUCUCUCGGCAUAAAACGUAAAGUCAUUGGCGACUUGAUUUACGAAGAGAGAAUCCAGCAAGUAGCAUUGCACCAAAUGCAAGCGAUCGGCAAGAGAUCCGGCUUGAGUGGAAUUGAGAUUGUUGUGGGAGUUGUCCUGACAGAUGAAGAAUGGACUCCUCAAAAUAAUCUGGUGACGCCUACUUUGAAAUUAAACCGGAAGGCUUUGUUCGACAGGUACCAGAAGGAGAUCGGGGCAGCGUAUACGAAGAGUAAGAAAUGA